AUGGUUGGAGACAUAAGCUGUCGAUCGGUCGCGUCCGAGCCUAAAAAGUGGAAGGCCUGCCAGCAGAAAAUGGCAGUCGUAGUAACCGAACGUCUACGAGAGCAUAUAGCUAUCAAAGUCUGCGCAAACGCUUCUUCCAGCUUGCUGUCUAGCAAAAUUGCGGAUUUGCGCUCCUUGCCUGAUGAAGCCUUUGAACAUAUGAUGGCGAUGUUUGAACCACCCGAUGGUAUUCGCAACUUCUGGGAAGUUAAUACUUUUGAGGUGAAUAAUAAAAAGAAAGAUUUGCAGCGCCGCGAUCGCUUGAAAACACGACUAAACUUACUUCAUCGCGUUGGCCUGCAGAUUCGUCGAUGA